UCCUUUGUAAAAUGGGAAUAAGGUCGAUGGGUCUUAUUUCUGGCUCUGAGUCCACUCCACUCUCUGGUUCUUAGACCUGGAUCCAACUGCUGCCCUCUUUUUCUUUUCUGCAGGUGGAUCCGGCUGAGCACGGGGACUGAUUGGCUGAGGACCCACGUUCUUCGGACACCAUAACAGGGAACGAGGAUGGAGGAUGGAGAUUACAACACCUCCGCCCUCUACUACCCCGAUGACUUCGAAAACUACCCCGAUGACUUCGACUCGAUCGUGGUGUUGGAGGAGGCGUCCCCCCUGGGAGCCAGGGCGGCCAGGAUCUUCCUGGUGGUGCUCUACAGCCUGGUCUGCUUCCUCGGGGUUCUGGGCAACGGUCUGGUGAUCGUCAUCGCCACCUUCAAGAUGAAAAAGACAGUGAACACCGUCUGGUUCCUUAACCUGGCGGUGGCGGACUUCCUGUUCAACGUCUUCCUCCCGAUCCACAUUGCCUACGCCGCCAUGGACUACCACUGGGUUUUCGGGACGGCCAUGUGCAAGAUCAGCAACUUCCUGCUCAUCCACAACAUGUACACCAGCGUCUUCCUGCUGACCGCCAUCAGCUUCGACCGCUGCGUCUCUGUGCUGCUCCCCGUCUGGUCCCAGAACCACCGCAGCGUCCGGCUGGCCUACGCGGCCUGCGUGGCCGUCUGGGUCCUGGCCUUCUUCUUGAGUUCACCGUCCCUCGUGUUCCGGGACACGGCCAAUGUGCACGGGAAAACGUCCUGCUUCAACAACUUCAGCCUGGCCGCGGCCGGGCCUUCCCCGGGACCCACUCGCCCCCAGCUGGACUCUGUGGGGUACAGCCGGCACAUGGUGGUGACCGUCACCCGCUUCCUCUGCGGCUUCCUGGUCCCGGUCCUCAUCAUCACCGCCUGCUACCUCACCAUCGUCUGCAAGCUGCGGCGCAACCGCCUGGCCAAGACCAAGAAGCCCUUCAAGAUCAUCGUGACCAUCAUCAUCACCUUCUUCCUCUGCUGGUGCCCCUACCACACACUCUACCUCCUGGAGCUCCACCACACCGCCAUGCCUGGCUCCGUCUUCAGCCUGGGGCUGCCCCUGGCCACGGCCAUUGCCAUUGCCAACAGCUGCAUGAACCCCAUUCUGUAUGUCUUCAUGGGUCAGGACUUCAAGAAGUUCAAGGUGGCCCUCUUCUCCCGCCUCGUCAACGCUCUGAGUGAGGACACAGGUCACUCUUCCUACCCCAGCCAUAGAAGCUUUACCCGGAUGUCGUCAAUGAAUGACAGGAGUUCCAUGAACGAGAGGGAGACCAACAUGCUCUGAGCCUCACCUGGGAGCCCCCAGGGGACACUGCCAACCCCAGGACACCCAAGGACAUGUCUUCUGACGACCAGGCCAAGAACCUCUUUAGCACCCACCGAUGUCCUAUGCAUGGGGCGAGCAGUGCUUUGAGCUGGGAAUCCAGGGUCAGGAGCCUUUCCUGCAAGUGGCACAGUGGACGGAGCCUUCCCUGGUGCUCACAGCCUUGAACUGGCUACCCAUGCCUCUUGGAAGACCCACCUGCACCCACUGAAAGUGAGAAAGGAAGAAUUCUCAAAAGGGCCGCCGUGAACGGGGGUUGGCAUACAGUGGCAGGAUUCAGCUCCUGACUGUGCACGCCAACGGUGGACACACGCAUUGUGUAAGAUCCGCGCCUGGUGGGCCCAGGAGAGGAAAGAGCAAACCCAGUAUCCCGCAGAUCACACCUGGCCUCACACACCUGUGUCAAUAAAUAGCCGCCCAGAAAAUCCCGCCCUUGCGCCGCUCUUCCGGGUUAAGGCAUGUGCAAACGCACAGGUGACCCGGAAGGGGAAGGCGACCCCAUAGCCCAUGAACUACCAAGACCGCGGGUUUAGCUUUCAGAUCAGCUGGGGAGACAGCAAGCAGGCCCUGAGCGGCCAUGUGGGCUCCUUGCAAGGGCGGGACAGUGGGGGUGCAGGGAGGACUUGAGGGAAGGAAGAAGAGUCUUCGCAGGAUGCGGGCACGAACAGCUCACCCUAGAGCAUCGCGGGCUGAUGGCUAUUUGCAGGGUGUGGGUGGUGCCGGUCCCUGAUCUCGCCUUGCCUUCAUUACCUGGGGUGGGGGGAGUUGUGGUGGGCGGGGGUUCUUCCCUCCUUCCCUAAUCCACUCAGCCCUGGCUGGAGGCGCUUAGAGAGAAACACGGGG